GGGAUUCCCCUUAUUUGCUCGUUGUUGCCUGCUCUCGUUCAGGUAGUCGGUGGUUGUUUGCCCUUGGACCGCCGCUACAUUUCUGAACAAAAUUAAGGACUUGAAUGGAAGAAGUGAGUAUUUAAAGGCUCAAACGAACGUUUAAUCUUACAUUUACAACAAUCUUGACAAUAAUUUUACUAGAAAAGUGGUCUAAAUUCAAGAAAAUUAUCUCGAUUCCUCUGACCUAAUUUGAAACGAACACGAGGUGAUCUGCCGGCCAGCUGAUCAAAUCCAAUAUGGAACCCGACCAACAUCUUGCGAAUGAUUAUAUUACCGAUUUCGACUUGGAUCAGUUAUUGGAUGCUUCCGAAGUAAAGAAGGAAAUAGAAGAUAGGUAUAGCAACUGUUGUAAACAAAGUGAUGUGUCCUCGCGAAGUGGAUCUUCAGGAGCGACCACACCUUGCUCAGAUUUGAGUGUACCCCCUUCUCCAACUUACAGCGAUGAGGUUCCAAGUCCUUCAGAUAGUAAUUCUAGUGUAUUUAGCGGUCUUAACUGGCUCACUCAAAGUGUGUUUGAAACUGACAUGAAAUUAAAAACAAGCUUUAGCAAUAGUCAAAAGUCCAUGCAAAGUCUGGAGGAAGAAAUUGAUGAAGAUGUAGAUUGUUUAAUAUCAUCCAGUCCUGAAUUUGUUCAAAACUUUAGUAAAUAUUUGGUUUCUGGUGCUGAAGCUGGAAAGCAAUCAUUAAGUCGUCGGGACAUGCUGGAGGACAAGGCAGCACCAACCAAAAUUCCCUCAAUAAAAAGAUCUCUUAGUCAUUCAAGUACAAGUUCUACUAAAUCCAAAACAGAAGAAAGUCUUAAUUCGCUCGAAGAUGAAGAACUAGUUGCACUACCGGUGAGAGAACUCAAUCGUCGUCUUCAAGGAUUACCUAAAGACGAUGUAGUAAAACUGAAACAAAAAAGGCGAACAUUAAAAAAUAGAGGCUAUGCUCAAAAUUGCCGUUCUAAACGAAUGCAUCAGCGUCAAAGUUUAGAGGUGACUAAUAAAACGUUAGAAAGUCAAGUUCGUCAACUUCAGAGACAGCAAGCUGUAUUGAUGCGCGAGUGCCGGUUCUACAAGCAGCAGUGUGAAAUUCUCAGGGCAAAGUGCAGUGGUGUAAGUGUUAAACGUGACAGUGAAGGGUCUUUCUCAAGCUACCCAAGUUCUCCCGAUUGUCAGUAAAAUGUGUGAAUGUUGUGUGAAAUGAAAAAAAGUAAUAUGCUAUCAUCAAUAAAACCUUGUCACUGCUUCAUAGAACGUAAUGAAUAAACAUCUAGUAAAAAUUAUCAUGACAUGACCAUGGACGGAUUAUUGACAAAUACAAUUAAUAAGUGCAUUAUUUGUUAGGUGUAAAUAUCUUCAGAGUUUAUUUUAACACAGUAAAUAAUUUUCUUUCAUGUAUGUUAUUGAAAAAAGAAACAAAAAAUUAGAAUAUAGCCUUUAUCACUUGUUUAACAUAGUUCAUAUUUAAUAUCAUGUUUGAAGUACUGGUCUUGAUGCCAUUUUGCAUAAUUCAUUAUUACCAUGCAUAAAUUGUUGUAGUGUAAAUUUCACUAGAUGUAGUAUAAGAUGAAUAGUAUUGGAUGAAAAGAAGUUUCAAACAAAUAGUCCUCAAUACAUUGAUCAACAAAAUUCUAAUCGUGUUGAUUUUUAGAAAAUCAACUUUAUUUCCUGAUUACAUGUACAAUGUACAAAAUAACAUGAUCAUGACAAUUAACAGAAAAAAAUAAUAAUAUAACACAAAUAUUGCAUAUCAGUUAGCAAUUAACCACAAAUUCUUAAAAAAAAAUCAUAUUUGGAAAAUUUAAUACUAUUGUUUAUGCGAAUGUGUAUAGCUUUUAAUGUUUGGUUCAUAUGGUAUCGUGUAUCAUAUGGCUCACACUAAUCAUGUUAUAUUUUUGCAAGUGUGUAAUUAUUGUUAUCAGUUUGUGUAUACUUGUUGAAAUUGAUUAAUACAUAUGAGUGAUAUAUAUAUAAGAAAGUGAAUGUUAAAAUUUUAUUAAAUGCAAUGGAGAGUAGAAUAUCAAAUUUGAAUUUUUUAACCUAUAGCCUGUUUCAAACAAGUAUUUAAGUUAUGAAUAUUACAGUAUAAUAAUGGUGUAUGUAAUGAUAUUUUAAGGAGGUCUAACCAAAUUGGGUUGUAUGAAACAGGCUAUAGGAUGUUUACAAUAACGUAGAGAAAGGGAGAGGUUUGGAUAUAUUAUGGGACACACUGCAAGGGCAACUAUUAGUUAUAGUAAUAACCAGUGUGCUCACCUAUUCCAUCUGUGAUAUAUAUAGUUUUAUCAGGGACUGCAAGUCUGGUUUUCAAGGUGCCACCCUUAACAGCUGAUCACAUUGGAUUUAUUUUUUAAAAGUUAUCUCCCCUAGAUAUUAUUAAAUGUGACAGUGAGUAGGGAUGGUAGAAUAUAUCAUGGUCUGUCUGAACAACGUAAACAGGCAAUACUUGAAAUCCAGAUUUGUAGCCAAGACAAAUCUAAUUUGUUUGGGUUAACAUAUUUUUUAAAGUUAACAUGGGAGAGAUUUUUACCGAGUUUGUAAGAAAUGUUUUUAUGAUUCACCAGAACCCGCUAAGGAGCAAUUGGUAGGAUCUAAUGUUUUUAUAACGAAUUUGCCAGAGUAUUUGGACAAUUUUUAUAUAUAUGUUGUUUUGAAUUUGUAAGUGCAUGUACAUGUUUUACUCAAAGGGUUUGAUAUAUGAACCCCAAAAAAAAAGGAAUUGUUAAAAAAAAGAGCUACAACAACCAAGACAACAAAAAUUAAUAAAAAAAAAUAAUUAAAAAAACUCCUGGACUGUUGCAACUAAGUGUAAAUCAUAGUGAUAGGGAGGCAAGAUACUUAAUUUGUUUCAGAUAAUAUUUGUUUGUGUAACAGAUUUUUAAGUUGCAACAGUUUUAGGGCCAAAAAAAUAGAAAAAGAAAAGAAUAAAAAAGAUAAAAAAAAGUUGUAAGCCAUGACGCUUUGCGGAGAACCAAGCAGGUUGCUUCCAAAGUAAAAUCUCGAAUUUGCCAGUGAAAAGGAUGACUCUUGAAUUUUAAACCUAUGAAGCAGAAUGGCUUGCCUUUCUGUAUUGUUAUUUAAGUUGUAUUGUAAAGCAGUUAGGAAUCAGCUAAUCAGGAAAGAGGUAGAGAAAAGUAUUGUUUUUAAUCGCAUGCCUUAUUUGAACUUUACAAAUAAAAUAUUUAUGCCCUGUAGGUUUAUUAAUUACCCCAAAAUAAUUACUAUUCUACAGGCCUUCUCAUUAUAUAUGUAAGCCAAUAGACGAUCCAUUAACCUAGUUUUAAUAUUCUUUUUAUGCAUCAAAAGAUGUGGCCAUGACUGUUAGAAGUUUAUUGAAUGGUCACACAUUGGAUAUAUUUUUAAUGUUUAUUGAUUAUGAUAUUAUUUCCCUACAUAUUUAUCAAAGGCAGCACCACAUGGCUUUUAAUUUCAGUUAACAAAGGUGUGGU